AUGGCCGCAGGCGUUCUGGUCUCCCUCUCCCCGUGGCUGACCGCAGAGAGGGCAGCGGGUGGAACGAGUGUCUCUUCACUCUCUCCAGCGGUCUCGUGUCUUGAAGAAUCUGAUAAAGGACAAGAGACACAGAAGCCGCCUGGCCAGGACCACAGCAGUGGGAGCCACAGAUGGACUGUUACUGGAGGGACGCGAGUUCCGGGCCUGGUGUCGCCAUUAUCGUGGGGUCAUUGGUUUUGGAUGUCGUCCCCUCUGGAGUCUGGUCAUGCAGUUUCUCCUCCUCCGAUGCUGCUGCUGCUCUGCGGCGAGAAGGGCAUGGCAUGGGCAGGCCAGCCCCAGUGA